UUUGACAAUUGUCAAUUUGAAUUAUCAGAUAAACCUUCAACGUGCGUUUGAAUGGUAUGGGAUCGUAUAUAUCAUCAAUUUUCAGUAGAAUAUUCCAUUUUCCCAUACAGAGAAAACCAAUCUGUUACUUCAGGCAAGAAGACUUCUCCUCUACUGGUGUUCCCUUGAUGCGAUCCAAACUAAAAAAGAAAGCGCCACCCAAACAAGGGGACAUGGAUGAUUUUCAGAAUAAAUUCUACUCGAAUUUGUUGAAGGAGAGGCGGCUUAAUAAGGAGCACAAAGGAAGGGCUUCAAGUAUUAGACAGUCCGUUAGAGAUUAUCCAGGAUGGGACGAAACUACCUUGUCCAACAUUCACAGCUUGUUCCUCCUAUUCAAUAACAGAGAAAAUGGAAUGCUCAAUUUCAUCAAUUUCUCAGCUAUUUUAGAGAGCUUGGGAGAUACAAAUACUUAUGAAGAGAAGAGGAAACAUUUUGAUCUUGCUGAUGCAGACAAUGAUGGUUGGUUGAGUUAUGACGACUUUGUAAAGUUAAUGUAUUACAUGAAUCCAAUGGACCCUGAAACGGAGGAAAUAUGUGGAGUAGCAAGACUUUGCAGAGAAACUGCUGAUAACAUAAAAUUCGUUACAUCUCUUAGAGUAGGUGAACAGUUAGAAUAUGGUUUGUUUUAAUUCGAAUCGAUGUUUAGUUGAAAUAAAUGAUCUGAUGG